UUCCUGAAUUUUCGUCCUGUGUGAUGUCGUUUUUUAGAAUCAACGUGGAGUUUAUUUCACCCAAUGUAUCUUGAAUAUAUAUCCCGUAUCUUUUACACUGUUUAAUUAUUAUGCAGAUACUGUUCCAUUUUGAAGCAAAUAAACGUACAUACAUACCGACAUACCGUAUACAUAGGCUACCGUACUUAUUUGAUAAAAACUAGCAAUUGGAGAUGUUUGCGGGGUUAAAGGUUGAGUAAACAGCCGAAGGUUCAUUUCAAUCAAUCCCCAUUCAUGCAAAAGCUCUGGAACUACAGGACUAAGUUAUACAGCGGCCUCAUAUAUAAGUUCUCGAAAAAGUUUGGACUCAGUUGGUUUAAAGUGUAACUUUGUUUGGCAAGUGUGUAUUUGAAAUGGCUGCUUGUGCGAUAACAGCCAGAGGAAUUUCAGUGGCUUUAUGUCAUCCAAACAUUCACAUAAGAUGUCUUUCCUGCACAUCUGCAGCUCUAGCAAGAUGGAAAAAAAAUGAAUUUAGACUGAAAAAACACAACAAUAGAGUCGGUGACAGAAGUAGUGAUAUGGUGACCAUACCAGACUGGUCUUUUUCAGAUGGAACACCUUCACCUCCUGGACUUUAUGCGAACAAAAAUAUGGAAAUACAAAAACAGAUAUGCAAGCGGAUCAUCAUCUUUCUAGAUGAAAUGAAGAAAGCGGAAGAGGUAGAAAAAGAAGCAGCUGAGGCUAAUACAUAGAAGUGACAUAAUCAACUCAAAACACUGUGUCAACAUCCAACUCAUCUUCUUGUUCCUUGGAU